AUGCUGGACCCCACUCCGUCUUCCCUCGCAUCACGCUCAAACUCGCACACGGGCAUGGCUGGCUCGUACAGCGACCUGGCGGGCGUGCUGCCCGUCACAGUCCCGACGCCGACCUUCGUCUCGCACCCUCACCUCCUCCGUCCCGACCACCUCGGAACCGAGCACGACCUGCUCCGCAACCCCGACUCGCUCGCGCGCUGGCAGUCGUACAUCCGCACAGUCCAGGACGAGGUCGACGAGACGCUGCGGGCCUCGCGCGGCAAGGCGAGCGCCGUCGAGCGCAUGCUCUUGGGCGACCGUCUCUCGACCAGGGACGGCCGCGAGGCGCUCCAGCGCAUCGUCGACGUCUACGAGCGCGCGCUACAACACCACCCUCGGUCUUACACCCUCUGGCGGAACUACCUCGCGGCGCGCAGCGUGUUUGUGCUGGGAAAGGCGGGCAAGCCGCUCAAGUUGGGUGCGCCGAGGCAGCGCCGGGGCGAGGAGGGAGUCGGCAGGACGAUGACUGAAUGGCUCGAGGCGGGCAAGGGCGAGGUUGACGAGAUCGAGGUGGGCGAGCGCGACUACGAGGCAGACUGGGAGGGCGCGCUCGACGGGGUCCUUGGAUUCGAGGAAUGGAGGUCGCUCGCUGCGGCGCACGAGCGGGCGCUCAUGUGGCUUCCCCAGAUGCCGCGAAUCUGGCUCUCCUAUCUCACCCUCUUCGUCCACCCUUCCUGCCCCGCCGCCCUCUCGCAAACCCACGCACGACGCACGUUCGACCGCGCUCUCCGCACUCUCCCGCCCUCGCUUCACGAGCGCAUCUGGCACCUCUACCUAACCUGGGCGUCUCCCUCCUCUCCCGCCGCUCCCGCGCCCGAAACCGUCGUCUCCGUCUGGCGUCGCUACCUCUCCCGCGACCCGUCCCCGACCUUCUACUACAUCCACUCGAUCCUCCUCUCGCUCGACGAGCCCCGGCCGCUCGAAGCAGCAAAGAGGUUGCUCGACCUCGCGCGCAAGAUCCAGAAGGGCGAGUACAAGCACCCUACUGGCUCGGCUGGGGAAGUCAAGAGCGCGUAUCAGGUCCUUGUUGAUUGGCUCGAGGUGUGCGAGAAGUAUGCCGAGGAGGUCGGGCUGGAUGCGGAGGAUAGCCAGAAGUUAAGGGUCGAGAGGGAGAAGGCGGAAGCUGCGGCUGAGCAGGCGAAGGAAAAGCAAGGUGCGAACGGCGAUGCACAACCGGACAAACGCGCCAUCGAACCGCCUCAGCUUCCCGCCUCCGUUCUCGACCCAACCUCGACAGAACGCCUCGACGUCGACGGUCUCAUCCGCACGCACGGUCUCACCAUCUACCCCGACCAAGCAGGCCGAUUGUGGACCGGUCUCGCGACGUACUGGAUCAAGAAAGGCGAGUUCGGACUCGCGCGCGAGACGUUCGAAGAGGCCCUCUCGUCCGUCGUCACCCUUCGCGACUUUACGCAAGUGUUUGACGCGUACGCCGAGUUUGAGGAGAGCGCCAUCUCGGCUCUCAUGGAGACUAUCGCGGAUGCGGAUGAGGAUGCGGAUGCGGACGCGGAGGACAAGGCCGAGGACGAGAAGGAGCUGGAUGAGCGCAUGAAGAACUUUGAGGAGUUGAUGGACCGACGGCCGUUCCUCGUUAACGAGGUGUUGCUGCGGAGGAACCCGAACGAUGUGCAGGAGUGGGAGAAGCGGGUCGCGCUGUACGGAACCGACGACGAAAAGGUCGCCGAGACGUACACCCUCGCGACCAAAACGAUCCAGCCUCGCAAGGCUAUCGGGUCGUACCACCUCCUCUGGACGCACUUUGCCAAGUUCUACGAGCAAGGCGGUGUGGCAGGAGACGCCGAGAAGGACAUUGUCAGUGCGCGCAAGGUCUUUGAGAAGGCGACCAAGGUUUCGUUCAGGAGGGUCGAGGAGUUGGCGGAGGUUUGGAUCGAGUGGGCUGAGAUGGAGGUGCGGAAUGAGAACUACGACGAGGCGAUCAAGGUCAUGCAGCGGGCGACGGCCAUCCCACGGAAUUGGAAGAGCAUCUCGUUCCACGACGAGUCCCUCGCGCCCCAACAACGCCUCUUCAAGUCUCUCAAGCUGUGGUCCUUCUUCGUCGACCUCGAGGAAUCAAUCGGCACAGUCGAGACGACCAAAGCGGCGUACGACAAGAUCUUCGAGCUCAAGAUCGCGAACGCACAGGUCGUCAUCAACUAUGCCAACUUCCUCGAGGAGAACGAGUACUGGGAGGAGAGCUUCAAGAUCUACGAACGCGGUGUCGACCUCUUUACCUACCCUAUCGCGUUCGAGAUCUGGAACGCCUACCUGAGCAAGUUCGUCAAGCGAUAUGGCGGCUCCAAGCUCGAGCGAGCACGCGACCUGUUCGAGCAGGCGCUCGAGACGUGCCCGCCGAAGUACUGCAAGCCGAUCUUCCUCCUCUACGGCCAGCUCGAGGAAGAGCACGGCUUGGCGAAGCGCGCUAUGGCGGUGUACGACCGAGCAACAAGGGCUGUCGAGGCAAAGGACCGCAUGGAGAUGUUCACCUACUACAUCGCCCGUGCGACCGCCUCGUUUGGUCUUCCCGCCACCCGACCCAUCUACGAGCGCGCCAUCGAGUCGCUGCCAGACAAGCAGACGGCCGAGAUGUGCCUCCGCUUCGCCGCUCUCGAGCGCAAGCUCGGCGAGAUCGACCGCGCGAGGGCUAUCUAUGCGCACGCGAGUCAGUUCUGUGACCCGAGGACCAACCCGGAGUUCUGGGCGCAGUGGAACGCGUUCGAGAUCGAGACUGGUUCCGAGGACACUUUCCGCGAGUACCUCCGCAUCAAGCGUGCCGUCCAGGCGGCCUUCAACACCGAGGCGUCGUACCUCUCCGCCAAGCUGGCUCAGCUCGAGAAGGGCGGCCAGUCUGCGCAGGAGGCGGUCCAAGGCGGACAAGUCGUCGACCCGAUGGCAGCGCUCGACCGAGCGACAGGCAGCGGUACUCGUGUCGGCGGGUUUGUCGCUGCGACGAGCGAGAAGGCGGGCAAGCUUGCGGGACAAGGUGGGCAGGAGAACGGAGGAGACGAGCCGGAGCAGGCAAACGCGGACGAGAUUGCGGUGGAUGACGACGACGAAGACGACGAGUAG